CUGUAUUUCAAAUAGGGACUUGUUUGUAUUGAAUGCAGUUAGCUGUUUGUUGUGAUCGUGCUGAUUUUGACAGCUUUUUGAGUCUACAGUUUGAAUUUUUUUUCUUUAUUUUUAAUGCCUUGCCGUCGAAUAGGGGUUCUUUUAUUUAUUGUUUUGGUUAACUCUGUGCCCUGUGGUUCACAUUCUCUGGUAAUAUUCAGAGAGAAAGAAAAGAGGGGGUGUGUGAGAGAGAGUGAGCGAGCGAGUGAGUAAGUGAAAGAGAGAUAGAGAGAGAGAGAGAGAAAACUCUGAGCCGCAGCAGCUGGUUUUCAGGUUUUACGUUUUGACAGCCGUGACUGAAGAGCCACUGUACGUCUCCCAAGCCUGUAAGAGGUCACUUAGUACCUCUGGCUGGAGGAGAGAGACUGCGAGAUACCCGAUGGGACAAGUAAAGGUUUAAGCAGCCCGGGGGACACCGACAGGACACCGGUAGACACCAUGAAUCGCAAGGAGUCUAAGAGCAGCAGGAAGUCCCGUCAGGAAGGAGGAAGUGUGAUAAAGUGCAGAAGACCAGUGCAACGGAGGAUGACAUGCCCCAGCCCUCAUGAGAUCAGCCGGGCUCUUCAAAGUCCACCGGUUCACUCUUCUUUCCGCUCCGCCAGCCUGGAUGAACUCAUCCUCCGCUGCCUCCACUGCUUCGACUCAGAUGGGAAGCUGAUCAGAGGGACGCAGCUUGUCCAUAUGACCCUGAUGAUGCAUAACUGGGUCGUACCAUCACACAUUUUUGUCCAAAAGCUGCUUUCUCUAUAUAAGGAUUGUCCUGCGGAGAAAAGGGAACAGAGGCGCGUACAAAUCUGCCACUUGAUCAGGCAGUGGAUUAAUCAGUUCCGGAUAAUGUUUGAGGUGGAUCCUCUGUUAGAAAAAGUCAUGGGAGAUCUCUGGGCUCUGGUCAGGGGCGACGUAACCGGUCCACCCGAUCACCGCAUCAUUACUCCAUACAACAGUAAUCCUCCAGUGAAUGUUUCCCAGACUCCCUCUCCCUCUGUAAAGAAAAGGAAAGUUUCCCUGCUGUUCGACCACAUGGAACCAGAUGAGAUGGCCGAACACCUCAGCUACCUGGAGUUCAAAAACUUCUGCAACGUCUCAUUUCUGGACUACCGCAGUUACGUGGUCCAUGGCUCUGUGAGGAAUAAUCCGGCGCUCGAGCGCUCCGUCGUGCUCUGCAACGGAGUCUCCCAGUGGGUCCAGCUCAUGAUCCUCAACAAACACACCUCACAGCAGAGAGCAGAGGUCUUCACCAAGUUCAUUCAUGUAGCACAGAAGCUGAGAGCCCUACAGAAUUUCAAUACCCUGAUGGCGGUGAUAGGAGGUCUGUGUCACAGUUCCAUCUCUCGUCUCAAAGACACAGCCAGCCUGCUGUCCUCUGAUGUCACAAAGACUCUCAGUGAGCUCACGGAGCUGCUGUCGUCCUACAGCAACUAUUCAAACUACAGGCGCGUAUACAACGACUGCACUGGAUUCAAGGUGCCCAUCUUGGGCGUUCAUCUCAAAGACCUGAUCUCCCUCAACGAGGCGCUGCCAGACUACCUCGAGGACGAUAAGAUCAACCUGGGGAAAAUGCAGCAUUUAUACAGCAACAUCAGCGACCUGUUGGCCAUCCAUGACUGCACCCCGCCGUUUGAGGCCAACAAAGACCUGCUGCACCUGCUAACGCUUUCUCUAGACUUGUGUUACACCGAGGACGAGAUAUAUGAGCUCUCCUACACCAAGGAGCCCAAGAACCCCAAAAUUCAGCCCUUAGCUCCGGUGAAGCCCCCGGUGGUAGCCGAGUGGGGAUCGGGAGUGACUCCGCGUCUGGACCCCGCCACCAUCUCCAAACACGUCAAGCAGAUGGUGGAUUCUAUCAUGAAGAAUUAUGAUUUGAACAUGGACGGCUACAUUUCUCUGGAGGACUUUGAGAAGAUCGCUGCAAACUUCCCCUUCUCUUUCUGCACACACGAGAGCGAUAGGGAAGGGGAGAUCAGUAGGGAGGAAAUCACUUCAUAUUUCAUGCGUGGGAUGUCGGUGUGCGCUAAACUCGGCUUCAACCUCCACAACCUUCACAACUUCCAUGAGACCACGUACAAAAGGCCCACGUUCUGCGAUACCUGCGGAGGAUUUUUAUGGGGAGUCAUAAAACAAGGCUACCACUGCAAAGACUGUGGAGUAAACUGUCAUAAGCACUGUAAGGAUGUGGUGGGAAUGGAGUGUAUGAAGAGGUUCCAGGUGACCAGCAGCUCUUGUCCCUGCACCCCGGGCCCCGUAUCAGGCCUCCACACUAAGGGCAACAGCUGGAGUUCUGAAGAGGAAACAUUUGUCUUUCCUAAUGGAAAUGGAUCCGAACACUCUAAAGGCCAAACUUCAUCAGACAGCGACGCCGAGGCCACACUAUCCGACAGGUCCACUCAGACGGACCCGGGGGUUUGGACACCGGUGGCCAAACGGAAAGAUCGCCUCCCUUCCCAGAAACAACACCCACCCCUUGAAAAGAAAGCUAAUUUGGUGAGCGAGACUGGGUAGCAUCUUCUGAGACUAACGUUACCUGCCUGCCUUAUCAUCCCAGAGCGCUACGCUACCGGCAAGGGUGCGAGGUUCAUCUGCCCCUAGUUCUCUCCUACAGGAGAAAAUGGAUGAACUGAAGCUGAACAAAGAUAAACGAAAGGAACCAGACUGAACUAGUCUGUGCAUGUGGCCGUUUGUUUGUGUGUGGUGGAACUGUUCAAUACACUGGACAGAAAAGACUGAAGAACAUGUCCUCAUCUUUCUCGCCAACUGUCUUGUUCUAUUGUCUUCAACAGAUUGUUCAUGACGUUCAUUAAAUGUGAUGAAAUUCUAGCCAGAAGGGAAUUUAUUUAAGGAAUUACAGAUGGCCCGCUUCCUCUGGGCUCUUUAAAACCUUGUCGUGGAUCUGUACGGUAAGAACUCUCUAUGCACCAGCAUCUCAACUGCCAGAAAAGACCAGAUCAAUGGACUUCACGUCUCCACAAGUGCUCAAAAGUGGACUGCUGCAUCAUGGAUCUCACUACCGCUCGUCGAGACGGACAAAACUGUUGCCUUACUAUUUACACUGAUGGAAAAAUUACACUGUGACCAACUGUAUUGAACUUGAACAGCAAGAAUGUACCUCCUCUGUUAAGGGAUGAGAUUUCGGUGCUGAUUUAAUACCCACAAUGCAUCACUGUGCCUUAUGUAAUGAACAAUUCAUUGAGUAGGAGACAAAGGGUGUUAUAUCACUGUUUAGAUCAAACAAUAGUCCUGUCUCAGUUCAAAACGAUCACAAUCUGCUUUGUUAGUGCUCGUGUCCAUUCGGUGCAUCAGAGCAUUAAUGAAAAAGAGCGGGAAAGUGACAUUGAGGGUUGAUUCAAACAAACACUGUGGACCUAUUUUAAAUUGUUUUUCUAAUAUGUUUUCUGUUAGAUCUUUUGUCAACUCCAACUUGAAUGUCUGUUUUACUAAAUCUUGAGUUUAGGCUAUAGAUUUUUAUUUAUUGAGGAAUGAUAAAGCUUAAGUAUUUUCCAUAAAGCACUGCCUGAUGUGAUUAAAAUAUCUAAAUUAAAAAGCGA